CAGAACACAGCCCAUGUAAAGCGCCUUGAGACAAUUUUAUUGUUGUGGCGCUAUAUAAAUAAAAUUGAAUUGAAUUGAAUGUUGCCCAUCCCCUUUCCUCUCCGCGGCAGUGAUACAUCAUUGGGGAAAUCCUGUGGCCUCAGUCAAAUUUCCGCCUGACUCCCUCAGGGUACAGAUACAGACGUUCUAAUACACCUGCAAGGUGCGGCUCAAGCCACCGGUCUCUGCCUCUCUGCGUUGGUAGUCGACAUGUGAUCCACUUGAGGUCCAAGGUCCAGGUGGCGAGUGGGGCGGGCUGCGCGUUAAUGAAACACCAACGGCGCGGAACCGCGCAGACGACGCGUUAAUGAAACACCAACGGCGCUGAACCGCGCAGACGAUGCUCUGAUCGGUUCAGUAACUACAGUACGGGAGAGCGCUACGGUAGACGUCUGCAGCAGUUUGGUUAAACUCCGACAAUGAAUACCACAGGACAACUACAAGGGUGGCAGAUUGACACUCUGUCGCGACUAUACCUGCCGGCUCUGAGUUUCAGUUUGGUGGGAAGCUUUUCUGUUGUGCUUGCGUCCAUCUUAAAGAGACAUGGCCUCAAAGAUCAGGUGAAGCCUCUUGUUCAGCUCGGUCUGGCUGACUUCCUGGCCUCGGCUCUCCUCAUGGGUACAAACAUUCUCAACUUCCUGUCUUCAGAGGUGCGCUCAAAUGUGCUGCUGUGUGAACUGGGGCUGCCUCUUUCCCUGAUGUUCUACUGCAUCUCUUUCCUGUUGGCCAUUCUCUAUGCCUGUGAGUCCACGUUUGCCACCCAGGGAUGGAGAGAGAGGAUGGGACAAGGAGACCAGCAGGAGAUCAGGAGAAGAUGCAGGAAGUUCUGGCUCUUAUAUGCCGGUGCUUGGUUGGUGCCCAUGUGUGCGUACGUUGUGUAUGCGGUGACCAUCAGCACCACCAUGGUGGACUUGUUGCCUGUAGGAGCCACAGCCUCUUCAGAUAGCAGUGGGAGUCUGCUACCUCCUGCUGAAUACUGCACCAGCUGCCUGCUGUUCCUUCACAUACGAGAUGACAACUGCUCUGAUGUGGAUGCAGCCCAUGACAUAUCUGUGAGGGCAAUGCUGUUCACCAGUCUGCUGUCUGUGUUAGUCGUCUGCACGGUGGUGUACUGUAAGCUAUACAGCUGGUGUCGUCGGUAUGAGAACAGCCCCUUCUUCCCUGUGGAGGGGGACAGCCUGUCCAGUAGAAGGCUGAAGGGAGCCCUAAGCUCCGUGCGCUACAUCAUCCUCAUCAUCCCCAUCUGCUGGAGUCCAGCUUUCCUUCUCCUCUCUGUAUCCUUCAUAAAGCAGGUCACUCAAGAGCAACUGUUCCCCCUCUAUGUCAUACAGGCGCUGCUGGUGUCGCUCCAUGGAUUCCUGAACAGCAUCGUGUACGCCUGGCGCCGGCCCAACUUCCGGGAUGCCGUCCUCGGGGAGCGCCUGCCCCUGCUCUCCUCACGCCCCUACUUCGAGGAGUCGCUCACGCCCCCCUGACCUUCACCCAAGCAACAAGACGCUUUUUAUGAAGGACAAAGACUGAAAGAGGAGGAGAGGAGGAGAGUUUGGAAGAGUGAAGGACAAAGACUGAGAGAGGAGGAGAGGAGGAGAGUUUGAAAGAGUGAAGGACAAAGACUGAGGAGGAGAGUUUGGAAGAGUGAAGGACAAAGUCUGAGAGAGGAGGAGAGGAGGAGAGUUUGGAAGAGUGGACAAAGUCUGAGAGAGCAGGAGAGGAGGAGAGUUUGGAAGACUGAAGGACAAAGACUGAGAGAGGAGGAGAGGAGGAGCAUUUGGAAGAGUGAAGGACAAAGACUGAGAGAGGAGGAGAGGAGGAGAGUUUGGAAGAGUGAAGGACAGACCCAAGGCCUCCGCCGGGCUGACGCUCUGGAGAGCAACACUAAGAUGCUGCUCGGGGAGACGUCUCAUAUUCAGAGGAAAGAAGCACCUCGCCUCAAAAUGUGUCUCAGGAAAGGCCAAAGGUCAGGGGUCACUCUGCUUGACCUCUCAUGACCCCUUCAUGGUGGAUACAGUGCUGUUUACUGCUGUGAGUGCAGGCUGAAAUCGCCAUGGUUGCUUUGCGCCAUGGUUACCAAGAAAAUGCUGUGUCAUGAAGGGUAUUUUGCUAUUUAUUUUCUAAGUUGUAUUUAGUUGUUCAGGGAAUCAUUGAAGGUGUGAUAGUGUUGAUGUUUCAUGGUGUGACUGAAGAGUGGGGUGUGUGUGUGUGUGUGUGUGUGUGUUUGUGUGUUGAAGUUUCGUGGUCUGACUGAAGAGUGGGGUGCCCAUCUGGAAUGGACACUUGAACCUGGCCUGGGACUGAUCAAAACACACACACACACAUACACACACACACACACACACACACACACACACACACCCCACUCUCCUGUGCUUGAGGCCCUGGGACUGAUCAAACAGAAAGGCUUCUGCUCUAAGGCAACGCUAAGGCAGGGGACGCAGCCUCAACAGAGCACAGAAACCACUGUGUGUGUGUGUGUGUGUGUGUGUGUGUGUGUGUGUGUGUGUGUGUGUGUGUGUGUGCGCGUGCGCGUGUGUGUCUGUGUGUGCGCGUGUGCGUGUGUGCGCGUGUGCGUGUGUGCACGUGCACGUGUGUGUGUGAGUGUGUGUGUGUUCACAGUGCUCACAGUUCUCAGGUCAACUGUAUGUGUCUUUGCCUAGUCAUGUCCACACACCCAAUGACACAAUAAAAGUGAAAUUAAUUUAUGUCA